UGUAUAAUUUUUUUCAACAUCUGAAGAAUCUUUAUUUGUUGUCGGUGUCCCAGUGUGGAUACUACAUUUGCACUUUUCAGAGAUCAAUCAAAUAUUCAGAUUAUAGUUUGGUUGCAUUUGAGGGCAAAACAUAAAUAAAUAAUUGAUUGUGUAAAAUAGGCACAUAAUAUCGGAAUAUCCAUCGCAGGCCCCUGAAUCGAAUCGUAUCGCAGCAGACAUUAAAGUAUCAUUAAAUAUCGGAUCGUAGGCUAAGAGAAUUGAUAUGUAUUAAUGUCGUCAGUUUGUUUGUGUCUGUCGACUGCAAAGUGCAAACAAGUAAACAGACCCGCCUCCAUUCUGGAAUGCAACGGCCACUUUUCACAGUCCAGUCAACGAAAGAUGGAUAAAAUCAAGUUUUUUCUCGUUCAAUAAGCUAUUUUACCCAGAUAUACGUCACAACUGUGAGUAUGUUCCGUUUCAUGCUGACUUUAAGAAACGCAAUGGUGGGUGACGCUUUGUUUGUCUUCUCUCGGCGCCCGUAGGAUCUCCGCACAUGUGCAGUGCGAGCAGCUGCUGUAGAGUUUAUCUCUGUUAACACAAACAUCUGACGGAUUAUUAUCAUUGAUCUCUUUAUACAGGUUAUUAGUAUUAUAACGCAGCGUUUGGAGUUUAUUCGCAAUGAAUCAGUUUGAACAUUUGUCGGAGGAAGACUCUGGUGAGCACGAGGAGAUGAAGGACAACAAUGAGACUGAUGGAGGAUCAAUGAAUAAUAAUAACAACAACAUCAGACGCAAGACUGUGACUCCAGGUGUAGGGGAACACCCGCUGCAGUUUAACUACACCUUCUGGUACUCCCGCCGGACACCCAGCCGACCCGCCAACACUCAGAGUUACGAGCAGAACAUCAGACAGAUGGGCACGGUGGCAUCGGUGGAACAGUUCUGGAAGGUGUACAGUCAUCUGGUUCGACCUGGAGAUCUGACGGGACACAGCGACUUCCACCUGUUCAAAGAGGGCAUCAAACCCAUGUGGGAGGACGAGGCUAAUAAAAAUGGCGGGAAGUGGAUUAUUCGUCUGCGGAAGGGUCUGGCGUCUCGCUUCUGGGAGAACAUCAUCUUGGCGAUGUUGGGGGAACAGUUCAUGGUGGGAGAAGAGAUCUGUGGUGUAGUGGUCUCCAUACGCUUCCAGGUACUACAGGAGGAUAUUCUGUCUAUCUGGAAUAAAACAGCCAAUGAUCAGGUGACAACAUCACGGAUACGAGACACACUGCGACGAGUGUUGAACCUGCCCCCAAACACCAUCAUGGAGUACAAGACACACAACGACAGCCUCAAGGAUAACUCCAGUUUCCGGAAUACAAAGAUCACUUUGUGAAAACCUGAAAAUAAUUUUCAUUUGGACAUUUUCAUCAUUUUACACCAAGAGCACAAACCAGUGCUUCAGACAGACUCAACGACCAGAGAGAGAGUGUGUGUGUGUGUGUGUGUUAGUCAGUGGAUACGGUGUGUGUGUGUGUGUGUGUGUGUAGAUGUGUAUAUAUGUGUGUGUGUGUGUGUGUUGGAUGUGACGGCACACAUCAGUGCGGUUUGAGAUCAAUGAGAUGUUUCAUGUGAUUUAGUGUAAAUCUAAAAGUAACAUGAGUUUGGUUCACAUUCAUGAAGGUUUCUUAAAGGUUAGUUGGUAGGAACAGAGUUUACCGCUCAACACAUGUGUUCUUUCAGACAGAUCGUCAUGACUACAUUUUCAUAGCAAUUAAAUAAAUAAAAAUGGAUUAUUGAAAGAAACCUUGAUAAUUUAAUGAAAUUACUUAAAGGGACAGUUCACCCCAAAAUGACAGUUCUGUCAUAAUUUACUCACCCUCAUGCCGACCCAGAUAAUAUCCUUAAGAAGAAUAUCUCAGCUCUGUAGCUCCAUACAAUGCAAGUGAAUGGUGACCAGAACUUUGAAGCUUCAAAAAGCACAUAAAUGCAGCAUAAAAGUAAUCCAAAAUACUCCAGUGAUUUAAUCCAUGUCUUCAGAAGUGAUAUGAUAGCUGUGGGUGAGAAACAGAUCAAUAUUUAUAUUCAUAUUUCUUUAACUUACCUACAGAGCUGAAAUAUUUGUGUUCUGAUGAAGCAAGUCACACACAUCUGGGAUGACAUGAGGCUGAAUAAAUGUCUGAACUGUCCCUUUAAAUCUGCACAAAUCAGUAAAGUGUGGAGACUGUAUCCAAGAUGUUUAUUUGUCACAUACACAUGUACUUAACAAACACAGCAAUGAUAGUAAUGUAUAUUUCAGUAUUACACACAGGACCCUCUUUAAACUGCUGCAUGAAGAGUUUAUCACACAAGCCAUUUCUCCAUGAACAGUUAAACUGAUACACAUUACUGGUGCACGCUGCAGAAUGCAUGUUGCUUUAUAAGGACUACAACUCCCACAAUCCUGUGAGUGCACCUGCCUGACCAAACGGUAUCGCGUUGUAGUCCUUACUUUUUUAAACACAUGAUGACUUUAAAAUUCACGUUUGGGGUAUGACUGUGUAAUAUAUGUUUAAGAACAAAACUUUCAAAUAUCUUUAAGUGAUGUUUACCACAGACCUUAUUGUACUCAAAUCCAAACCGCCUUCAAAGAAGCCCACAGGAAACGCGAAUAUCUUCCGUGUUUGACUACACCAGCUCUAGAUUAACAAUGUACAGGGUGACCCCCAAAUAAACACGGUGUCGCUGUGUUUGAUUGCGCAUAUCAUAAAAAUGCAUAAAGGUGUUAUUUGCACGAUUUAUUGCGAACCUCUACGACCGUAAACAACAAAAUGACGUCACUGUGACGUAAUCGUGAGCGACAAGUUUCUGCAAAUAAAUAGAUAAGUACUCUCUAUCAUCAUGGGGGGGGUAAUACUGUUAUGGACGGCUUUCUCGAUUGUUUACCAUCAAGACCAUCUUAUACUCAAAAUGCAAACGGAGAAAUGCAAUUUGGUUUGAUAUAUGGAGGUCUAAGCAGUGGUUAAAUUGGCUUUUGUAGGAGGGGGAGCCCUUAUUUACGGUGAAUGGUCAUCAUUCAAAAUCCCGCCGUAAAAUGACUUAGGGUUUUUACACCAAUGGGGCUCUUUUUCCAGUAUUAAUGUGUAAGGUAGGGUUGAGUAGUUAUUCAAGCAAAGACAAAUACUUUACAAUUCACUUAUUUUAUUAUUAUUUUUUAUCUUGAAUGUUAACAGGCAGGCAACGGAUUUCACCCUCAUAAAAUGUAUGAAAGGAACAUGUUUGAAAAUAUUGCAAGCCAGAGACGAAUAUGUAAAUGUAUUUUUUAUUUGUACAAUUUAGAAACGUUGAAGUCCCUUCGCACCUGAAUGUUAAU